UCCCAACGCGGAAAACGUCACUUCCGGUUGCUCGUAGUGUUGUCGUCGGAGAGGAGAAAGGACACAACCAAACCGUCCAUUUUCACCAGAUUCUAAGUGUACAUGGGCGAUUCAAAGCGACAUUAGCGUUUGACUAGAUCGUAAAGAGUGGUGUUUUGGAGCACACAGAGAGAUGUCGGACGAGUUGGUGAAACAACUGAGCAGCUACAGAGCUCAGCUCCAGCAAGUGGAAGCAGCGCUCUCUACAGACCCAGAAAAUGAAGAUCUGCUGAAGUUACAGAAAGACCUGCAGGAGGUGAUCGAGUUGACAAAAGACUUGUUGACGUCUCAGCCAGCAGAGGGCGUAGCUAGCACCAACAGUUCAGAUGCCGCGCCACCGAAACACAGCUGGAAAGUAGGAGAUCGUUGCAUGGCUAUGUGGAGCCAGGAUGGACAGCAGUACGAAGCAGAGAUAGAGGAGAUCGACAGCGAGAACGGCACAGCUGCCAUCACCUUCACCGGCUAUGGCAAUGCCGAGGUGGUGCCUCUGCACGCGCUCAAAGCAGCUGAGCAGGCCAAGAGCAGCAAGGAGGAAGGAAGCAGACCCAAGUCCAAGAAGGAGCUGCAGGCAGAGCAAAGGGAAUACAAGAAGAAAAAGGCACAGAAGAAAGUGCAGAGGAUGAAAGAGCUGGAACAAGAGAGAGAGGACCAGAAAUCCAAAUGGCAGCAGUUCAACAAUAAAGCUUAUUCAAAGAACAAGAAGGGUCAAGUAAAACGCAGUAUAUUCGCCUCUCCGGAGAGCGUGAAUGGAAAAGUCGGUGUGGGUACGUGUGGGAUUGCAGAUAAACCCAUGACUCAAUAUAACGACACGUCCAAAUACAACGUGAGGCAUCUGAUGCCACAGUGAGGUGUUUGUGUCUGCGCUCACCCCCACCCCAAAAGAACAGCUGGUGGAGCAUCCGACCUAGUUCUGGACACUGAACGGAACCAGCUAUAUAAUUCCACCAUGUUUUUAUUUUGGGACUUGGAAAAGAUGUUAUUUUGAGACGUAAGAAAAAGAAGUAGCCUAGCUGUUUAUUGGAAUUCAUAAGUUAUGAGUACGAGACUGCAGCUCCAAUGCUUUACAGCUCAAAACUAAACCAUAACCUCAUAUCAACAUAACCUCCACUGGAAGACAACCUGAAACUAUUGAUCCAGCAGCUUGCUCUCAAGAGUAAGCCUGAGAUGUGUGAAUAUAUAUAUAACAUACAUCAUUCAAUUGGUUCAUAUUAUUAAGCCAAGGCAACUGGACCUGACGUUUUGCCACUUGUAUUGGAGGCUGAAUCAGAUUCGGCAUUUGUUUCUGUAGAAUGGUUGUCAGUAUAUCUAAUGGCCUUCAUGUACACAUAAUACACAAUAAUCUUUAGUUUGGGUGAAAAUUGCAACCAUACAACUAUUCCAGUGGAGAUAGGAACUCUGAUUUUUAGUAUUUAAACUUUUUGAUACGCAAUAAAUGCAUUAAGAUGCUUCUGGGUGAAGUGAGUUUGAAAAUAUCUCUUCUGAGAUUUUCACUGAAUAACCUGAGAGACUGUUUAGUUUAUGUGCUUAUUGUGUGUCAAAAAUAUUUUCUAAAAUGUCAGAGUCCUAUACAUCCCUACGUGUGUCACCAUUUUGUGGAAUGAAUUUUCUGUUGUCGGUCUUAAUUUUGCUUUAAAGUUUUGUACACCUUUACAAGGAAUAAAGAUUUUUUUGUAUCUGUA